AUCAUUUCUCUCAAUAUAUUGUAUAUAUUGUAUAUAUAAAAAUACACAUAUAAAGAAAGAAAGGAAUAAAGAAAAAGUAAAGAGAUAAAGAAAAGCAAGCAAAUAAUAAUAUGAAGGUGGAUUAUUCUCUCUAUUUGGUAACUGACAGCUCGCUUGUCCCAAAGAACACUACUCUUUUGGCACAAAUCGAAAGUGCUUUGCAAGGAGGCACGACAAUUGUUCAGCUGCGAGAAAAGGAGCUCGAAACUGGGCCCUUUAUUGCCCUUGGUCUGCAAGUCAAGGCACUGACCCAACGUUACCACGUACCCCUGAUUAUCAAUGAUCGUCUCGAUGUCGCGCAGGCAAUUGAUGCCGAUGGUGUUCAUAUUGGCCAAGAUGACAUGCCACUAGUCCAGGCACGUAAAAUACUAGGUCCCACCAAAAUUAUUGGCGUGUCAGUCUAUAAUCAAAAGGAAGCCAACGAUGCAAUUGCCAAUGGUGCUGAUUACCUUGGAAUCGGUGCUGUCUGGGAUACAUCUACCAAGAAAAUCAAGAGAUCUCCCCUUGGUAUCCAAGGUGUUCAAGAUGUAUUGCGCUUGAUGGAUGUACCAAUUCCCACUGUGGCUAUUGGUGGUAUCCAUGUCUCAAAUGCCCAGGAGUUGAUGAUUGGAUCAGCUUCGGGCACAAGACACUUGGAUGGAUUAGCAAUCGUUUCUGCCAUUAUUGCCUCCAGUGAUCCCAAGCAGACAUGCCAGGCAUUCAGUGGUCUGUUGAACAACGUGUUUGGUUCUUUCGAACCUCCAAUUGCAUUGGACACAAGCUCAAUAGUCGAGAAAUCUAUAAAACUUGUUGAUCUGCUCAAGCAAACUGGUCCCAUGGUUCAUCAUAUCACAAACUAUGUUGUUAUUAACGACAAUGCUAAUGCUACACUGGCCUUGGGUGCUUCUCCUAUCAUGUCUACAAACACAGAAGAAAUCGACGAUCUGGCAGCUGUUAAUGAUGCUUUGUUAUUGAACAUGGGAACUCUCAAUGACAUUGACGCCAUGAUUCUGGCCGCUCAGACAAAUACACGCCACGGUCACCCGGUUGUAUUGGAUCCCGUUGGUGCAGGUGCAACACAAUUCCGAAAGGACACCGUUGCACGCUUCUUAAAAGAAUGUAAUCUGAGUGUGAUCAAGGGAAAUGGAGGCGAGAUCUUGUCAAUGGCCAACCGGGGAGGUCGUUCUAGAGGUGUCGACUCAGUGGGAAACAAUGGAGGAGAGGCAAAUGCUGUAUUGGCUGUUUCAGAACUGGCAAAGAAUAAUGGCUGUGUCGUGGUAAUGACUGGGCCCAUGGAUUAUAUCUCUGACGGCACCCGUGUGUUUGUGGUUGAGAAUGGACAUCCUAUGAUGGCACUUAUUACAGGAAGUGGCUGUAUGGCCAGUUCUGUUGUUGCAUGCUUCCAAGCAGUGUCUGAGGAUCCUUUGAUUGGUGCUGUAGCAGGUAUGCUCACUAUCACAAUUGCUUCUGAAUUGGCGAUGAAGCGACCAGAAGUAAAAGGACCAGGCACUUUCCGUGCUGCUCUUCUGGAUGAACUAUACACCAUAUCCAAUUCUCCUGAGCUCAUUCGCACACACGCAAGACUUCGCGAGAUUCCUUUAGCUCGAUCAAACUAAUUAUUUUAAAGAAAUAUAUUACCGCAUAUAUGUACCUAUAUCGUGCAUGUAUUUAAUAAAUAUAUAAAUAAAUAAAAGUAAAUCUACGUAGAGAU